CCCUCCUCAACCCCUCCCUUUCUCCGCCCUAUGGCGUCAGUUAUGACGUCGACAGGGUCUGUUCAGUAAUGGGAAACUAGCCACGAACGAUGUGUUAUGGAUCUGUUACGGGAUCGCUGAGUUCUGUCAUUCCCGGGGGCAGUUGUGCGACCUCGGUCCUAAACGUAUGCCUGCUGCGUUCUCCCUGGUGGGGAUCGUAUCAUGUCUGGCAGGCGUUGUCAAGGCUCUUCGGGUUCGGCAGCUGGUUCUGCUUCGGGAGAUACGGCCCUAUGCGGAGAGCCAGCUAGGGAGCUUUUCGAGGCCUGCAGGAAUGGAGAUGUGGAGCGUGUCAAGAAGCUUGUAAACCCGGAAAACGUAAACAGUCGAGACACCGCAGGGAGGAAAUCGACUCCACUUCAUUUUGCUGCAGGUUUUGGACGAAAGGAUGUAGUCGAACAUCUUCUACAGAGUGGAGCAAAUGUUCAUGCAAGGGAUGAUGGAGGCCUCAUUCCUUUGCACAAUGCUUGUUCAUUUGGCCAUGCGGAGGUUGUUAGUCUCUUGCUAAGACAUGGUGCUGACCCAAAUGCCCGGGAUAAUUGGAAUUACACCCCCCUUCAUGAAGCUGCUAUUAAGGGGAAGAUUGACGUCUGCAUAGUUUUACUUCAGCAUGGUGCUGAUCCAGUUAUUCGUAACACAGAUGGGAGGACUGCAUUAGAUCUGGCUGAUCCAUCUGCCAAAGCAGUGCUGACUGGGGAAUACAAGAAGGAUGAACUUUUGGAGAGCGCAAGGAGUGGCAAUGAAGAAAAACUGAUGGCUCUUCUUACUCCUUUGAACGUGAACUGUCACGCAUGUGAUGGUAGAAAGUCAACACCAUUGCAUUUGGCAGCUGGGUACAACCGUGUUAAAAUUGUGCAGCUUUUACUUCAGCACGGUGCAGAUGUUCAUGCCAAGGAUAAAGGGGAUUUAGUUCCUCUCCACAAUGCCUGCUCAUAUGGUCACUAUGAGGUUACAGAACUUUUAGUAAAGCAUGGGGCAUUUGUGAAUGCAAUGGACCUGUGGCAGUUUACUCCUCUUCAUGAGGCAGCUUCGAAGAACAGAGUGGAAGUAUGUUCUCUGUUGUUAAGUUAUGGUGCUGAUCCAUCCCUGCCAAAUUGCCAUAACAAAACUGCCAUUGAUCUGGCACCUACUCCUCAGCUUAAAGAGCGAUUAGCAUAUGAGUAUAAAGGUCACGCACUGUUACAAGCUACACGUGAAGCAGAUAUUGCUAGAGUUAAGAAACACCUCUCCUUGGAAAUUGUGAACUUCAAGCAUCCUCAAACACAUGAAUCAGCGUUGCACUGUGCUGCUGCCUCUCCGUACCUGAAGAGAAAACAAGUGUGUGAACUUCUACUGAGGAAGGGUGCAAAUGUUAAUGAGAAAACAAAAGACUUUCUAACACCACUCCAUGUAGCCUCAGAAAAAGGACACAAUGAUGUUGUUGAAGUACUUGUGAAACAUGAAGCAAAGGUCAAUGCAUUGGAUAAUUUAGGACAAACACCUCUACACAGAGCUGCCCACAGUGGUCAUAUCCUUACAUGUCGGUUGCUUCUAAAUUCUGGAUGUGAUCCAACACUUGUUUCAUUGCAAGGCUUUACUGCUUCCCAGAUGGGCAAUGAAAGCAUCCAGCAGAUAUUACAAGAGGGCAUUCCAGUGGGGAAUUCUGACACAGAUCGACAGUUGUUGGAAUCUGCGAAAGCUGGUGACUUAGAAAUUGUAAAAAAACUUUGUACAAUUCAGAAUGUAAAUUGUAGGGAUGUUGAAGGACGCCAGUCCACACCACUUCAUUUUGCUGCUGGCUACAACAGAAUCGCUGUAGUGGAUUAUUUGCUUCAGCAUGGGGCUGAUGUUCACGCUAAGGACAAAGGAGGUUUGGUCCCUCUUCAUAAUGCCUGCUCAUAUGGCCACUAUGAGGUUGCUGAACUUCUGGUUAAACAUGGUGCAGUCGUCAAUGUAGCUGAUCUGUGGAAAUUUACUCCUCUUCAUGAAGCUGCUGCCAAGGGGAAGUACGAGAUCUGUAAGCUUUUAUUACAGCAUGGUGCUGAUCCCACAAAGAAGAACAGAGAUGGGAAUACUGCAUUAGAUUUGGUGAAGGAUGGUGACACAGACAUUCAGGAUUUGCUGAGGGGAGAUGCAGCCUUGUUAGAUGCAGCUAAAAAGGGGUGCUUGGCCAGAGUGAAAAAACUUUGUACACAAGAGAAUGUCAACUGUAGAGAUACACAAGGACGGCAUUCAACACCAUUGCAUCUAGCAGCUGGCUACAACAAUCUUGAGGUUGCUGAACAUCUUUUACAGAAUGGCGCUGAUGUAAAUGCACAGGAUAAAGGUGGACUUAUCCCAUUACAUAAUGCUGCAUCAUAUGGGCAUGUUGACGUAGCAGCUUUGCUGAUUAAGUAUAACGCAUGUGUGAAUGCUACUGAUAAGUGGGCUUUUACACCUCUGCAUGAAGCAGCCCAGAAAGGAAGAACUCAGCUGUGUGCUUUGCUGCUAGCCCAUGGAGCUGAUCCAUCCUUGAAAAACCAAGAAGGGCAGACACCGCUAGAUCUAGUUACCGCAGAUGAUGUCCGAGCUCUGCUGACUGCUGCAAUGCCUCCAUCUGCUUUGCCUUCUUUUUACAAGCCCCAGGUCAUCAGUGUUUCACAAACUGCAGUGCCUACAGCUUCUUCACUUCCAUCUGUUCCAUCUAGCCCAUCUAUUUCUGCAGCCAGCAGUCUUGAUAACUUGUCUGGUAGCUUUUCCGAAAUACCUGUUAUUGUUAAUACCAGUGGAGCCGAAGGUGCUGUUAGUUUAGAAAAGAGGGAAGAGGUUCCAGGGCUGGAUAUAAGCGUUAAUCAAUUUUUAAAAAACGUUGGCUUGGAACAUCUAUACGACAUAUUUGAAAGAGAGGUCUUAAUCCCUAUUUGACAAUAAACAGUACAAGUGGCACAAUCUUAAUUGACUUGUCUUCUGAUGACAAAGAGUUCCAGUCUGUAGAGGAAGAGAUGCAGAGUACAGUGCGUGAGCACAGAGAUGGGGGCCACGCAGGAGGUAUCUUCAGCCGAUACAACAUAGUGAAGAUUCAGAAAGUCUGUAACAAGAAGCUUUGGGAACGUUAUACCCAUCGGAGAAGAGAAGUCACUGAGGAAAAUCACAACCAUGCUAAUGAAAGGAUGCUGUUUCAUGGCUCCUUAUUUGUGAAUGCUAUUAUUCACAAAGGUUUUGAUGAAAGGCAUGCCUAUAUUGGUGGAAUGUUUGGAGCUGGCAUUUACUUUGCAGAAAAUUCUUCCAAAAGCAAUCAGUAUGUUUAUGGGAUUGGAGGUGGAACUGGAUGCCCAGUUCACAAAGACCGAUCUUGUUAUAUUUGCCAAAGGCAGUUGCUAUUCUGUCGAGUAACACUGGGAAAGUCGUUCUUACAGUUCAGUGCAAUGAAAAUGGCUCACUCCCCUCCAGGACAUCAUUCUGUUACUGGUAGACCCAGUGUAAAUGGUUUGGCUUUGGCUGAAUAUGUUAUCUACCGCGGAGAGCAGGCUUAUCCAGAGUAUUUGAUAACAUAUCAGAUUGUGAAACCAGAAACUGUACCCGAGGGAUAAAGACAAAACAUCAUCUGUUAUGAACUUUGUAAAUUUAUUUUCUGCAUUAAUGGACAGCUUUCAGCCACAGAUUCCCAAACUGUUGGCUAGCAAUCUACAUAAUUCACAUCUGUGAUGGAAUUUAAAAUGUGAAUAUACAGUCUAGCAUUUGAAAUAAUGGCGUAUAAAUAAUGUACAGUAUAUUUCUAGGCUUCUAAAUAUUGUCUUCUGUUCUUCAGCACUUUAACAAAUACCCAGGGGGUGUCAUUAUUGGCAUGGGUAAUUUUUGAUAAAGUCAUCAGUUAGUUUGUAAAAAGAGACUUUUGUGGUUCUGCCACAGAGUGUCAUUUGUAGUUACACACAUAAACAGUUGCCCUAGUUCCUUUUUAAUAAAUAUGGAACACAUUUUACAUUUGCUACUGUUCUGUUUUAUCUCAAUGUACAGAGCCAAGGAUCUGUCUUGUCAGCUGUUUGUAUUGAGUAAUGUACUGUAAAUUGGAAUGAGGUGCACUUGAAUAUUUACUGGUUUUAUAUGGAGCUGUUUCACUGGUAUUGAAACUAAUAUAAAGUACUCAAAAAUGACUGAAGAUGAUAUAGAGUCUGCUAAAGUGGCUGGCAGUAUUCUACCUGCUUUGCUAAAUUUCACAGCCUGAAAAUGGACCAUAUUUAAAGGCUGAUAUGAAAACUAUUUUUAGUUGUGCUUGUGUGCUUGGAACUUAGCAUGAUUCUCUUCAAGGACGCUGCAGUUGAGGUUUCACUUUAAUACUACUAAACUUGAGUUCUUGUAUUAGAACUACAUUUUUUUGUUUGUAGGAAUUGCAGCCGAGAAGGGAAUUGAUGUUUGGUCUUUGUAGGAACUGCAGCAAGAAAGGUAUCUUUCAAAAGUGAACAGUGAAAAGUGGUUUGAAAUUUGUUUUGCUCUGGUAGAAUUAAGUGCAGGUUUGUUUAAAGUUGAGAGACUGAUUUCCAUUUCUGGUGUUCUUUUAGUUGAGUGUAAAUGAAGUCUGUCCAGUUGUAGUGAAAAAAAGCAAAGGCAUCUUGUUGGAUAAAGAUUUCAUCUACCCAUUUUUAGCCACUGUGACACAUUUACAUGCCUGCUAGUACCAUUCCAAAAUUAAACUGUUUUUGUCUACAGAUGUAAUGAGUAAAUUAUUUUCCUUAUAAAUUAAUAACUUUUUUCCUGUUACUUUACUGUUGCUUUUUUGCUUGAACACCUCUGGCACAAAUAACACUGUACUGUUAAGCAUGGACAGUUAAAAGUGCCAUUUACAAUCUUUUCAUUUGUAAAGCAAGCACUUGUAAAUAAGAGUUUUUGUACUAGCCAAGUAAUUUAUUUACAUUGCUUUUGUAAUGAAAAUAAAACUCAAAAGUAGCAGCCUUUUUACAAAAUUUUCCAUACAUCUUGAAGGUAAUGUUCAACUGAAAUAAAACUAUCUUGCCUUGCACUGGUAAUGUUGGCCUUUGGCAUUUGAGCUCUGUAUAUUUUGUAAACUGCCAUUUUGGUAACAUAAGGGCAUGAAGGGAUGUAAACUUUGCUAACAUGCAUCUAGUUAAAAAGACAUAAUUUGGACAAUUUUAUGACAUUUGGGGAAAAGAGAACACAUUUACAACUGCUUUGCAGUAAUUGUAUGCGGCUUCCUUUAAAUAUUCUGAAGAGCAUAAUUCCAGAAUAUAGAUGCAGUCAUAUGGUGCUUAAUUUGUUGCAUAGGAAAUGCUGAAAUCUGCAGCAGUGCCAAGUUUGUCACACCUACCUACUGUCUUGAGAAGCUAAUGUUCUACUAGCAAAAGCAAAGCUUUUGUCUCACUACAGAUUCAGAUUGAAGCAUUAGUUUAGAAUGGUUAACCAUGCAUUUGGCUGUAUAUUUAAAAAUCAUGAGCUGUCCACGAAGAAAUGACAGAUUACUCUGGGAUAAUGCAUCAGCAAAAUGUGACCUGAAAUUUUGAGAAAGUGACUGUGCAUAGUACAUACAGCUUUUCUAACCUUUGUGGCACAUCAGAGCACAUUUCCAUGAAACAUCAUUUAAUUGCAUUCAUUUAAACAAAAAUACAUAUACAUGUGUAUCGUGUGGUCUUCAGAUUGUGACAUGAUCUGUUCAGUGAUGCAUAGAAGACAUUACACUAUGUAUUGUGGGGAAACCUGUUGGGCUGCCUUUUUGUGCAACCUAGGGGUAAAUGUAUGUAGUAGAAGUGGGGUACACAACAACCAGAAGAAAAAAGCUGAAGGCAACAUUUUAUUUCUUCAUAGUUUGUAUGUCAUGUUCCUGGUUUGAUUAAAUAAAAUGCAGUCUUCUUGUUACUAAAAGUAAAACUUGAGGCUACUGGACAGACCUUGUAGGUGGAUAAAUUCUGGAAGUAAGGUCAUAUGCAUAACUAACUGGUAUGGGUGAUUUUUUUUAAACAAUUUUACCACCCUCAUUAAGUGUAGUCAGGGAUGUCCUGGUGUGUCUUGGACAUGUAUAGGUCCUGAGUGCUUUGCAGUGUUAUAACCUGCCACCAUUUAUUAAGCCAAGCAAAGUCAGUGUGACAUUAGUUAACAUUUUGAAUUGGUGAUAUAAAUUUGCAUUUGGCAUUUAUAACAAAAAAAGGUAAUGUAGAUCUGCUUGAUUUUGGUUUUGUGUUUUAUUUGGCUACAUUUCUGUGUAUGCUUUGUUUUAACUCUUCUGGCAAACACAGAAUGUGUCGGUGCCUGCUUUUCAAGUCAUUUGAUGCAAUGUAACCUUGUGUAGUUUUGAUAACUUUAUGACCAUGCUUCUUGUAUUUUAGCCAUAUUCGAGUAGGUUUUCUAAAUAUUUAUUUAUGUAACUGUAUUAACACAUCUGGUAUAUCCCUGCUGCAAUUUGUCAGCAGAUGCCAAUGUUUUUCCCCUCAGUGCUACAUCUUUACCAAAAGACAGCCAGCAGUCUUCUUGCAAAAAAAAAGGGGGGGGGGUAUAUAUAGUUUCCUAUAGGUCAGCCUUUUCCCCUUUUCAGCAGCCCUGCAACCCCUACAAUGUUGUUGAGGUUGGAACAUCUGCAGGAAGUUCCAGAUUAUCGAUUCCUAUUUUUCAAUUUAAUGAAGCUCCUCUUCUAAAUGAAAGUUGUUUGUUUCACUUUGUGCUUUUACUGUCUCAUCAGCAGAAAGAUAUCUGUUAACCUCUUUCUCCAUUCAUGUUAAUUUGGAGAAAAGAUAAUAUAGCACAAUCGCCAUUUGGUCUUUUUUACUGUCUUAGUCCAGAUCAAGAGCCUACAUUUAAUAUGUUCUACAAGGAUUUCUAGGAACUUUCACAGGUUUGAUUUUGAAAGGCUCUUUGAAAUUCCAGUGGUAAGCCAAAUAAGACGAAUAAAAAGACACAGCCUGUGUUUGUUGGCAAGACACUUGUACAAAUUUUCAAUCAUUAUUUACAGAUUCAUAAGCUGCCAUCAAGAUAGAAGGCUCUGUGGAAACUUUUUUUCUUUCUUCAGAGACCAUUUUUCAAGGCAUAGAGGGCAAGAUCUUGAUUUAACUAGUCUGUCAGAUUCCUGCUUGUGAUGCUCUGUUGAUUGACUAGAGGCAUAGUCUGGGCUGGGAUUUUGCAACUUGAUACCUGAGACAUGUCUUAUGCAUAGGGAAGUUGAUUUCAUGACUUCCUUUUUCUGGUCAUUCAGAAAGUCCUGCUAGAGAAAUGAGUGAAACAGUCUUCUUUUGGUCUGUCCAAAUUUGUUUCCUCCUGCUCCAGCCUCUCUUCUAGUUGUUGGAGUUUGCUAAUGUUUGGUUAAGGCACACUGUAUUUUACCCACCUCAAGUUCAUACGUGGCAGCAGAGUAAGUACUCAAACAUGUGAAACCUAGCAAUGUCUAAUCACAGAAGUCUUAUGAGCACUGUAGAGAUAGCUCAACUGUCACGUUUCACUAAAUGGAAAAUGUUUUGAGCUGCAUUGUUGAUUUCUUGUUUUCAGAGCUGGGUUUCAUAUUCUACUUUUCAGGUUCAUUUUAUUAAUCAUCAUGGUAUCCCUGAGCCAGUGGAAUUAAAAUUUUCUCAGAUUGUCAGUGCUGCUAGGAAAUCAUCUACUCUGGCCUUUGCUUCCAACUGGAAGUGAUUGUCAGUUUGGAUGAAAGGGUACUCUGUACUGCUCCAGACAGUUAACUUGCAGGUGACUUUGAAUUAUCUCAGACACAUCUGUGUGUUAGGCUUCUGUUAGUCUGUUCUCAAAGUGUGGAUGGUAUUCAGCAUGACCUUUUGGAGGGCAAAACUGUGGCCCAGCAGCAGCUAGUCAUGCAGCUCCUUGAAGUAGUGCUGCAUAUCUGUUCUUUGAAGAGUCCUUCUCUGAGGGAAUUUAAGUUUUUUUGUUGAUAGGCUUGUCUGACCACUGCUGAGUGCUAGUUCAACAAAAUGACUUUGUUUUAUACAAACACUGUUUCUUGCCUUCAUCAACUUUGCAAAUAAAAUCUUGGAAUUUCAGGCCAUUAUGUGUAGGAAACUGUAUGUGGACUUUUACUGAGUUACCCCUUAGAACUUACAUUUCUUACCUAAGCUGGUUUUGGAAUUGUCCCUGUACCAGUGUACUGUCGUCAUCAUAAACUCCCUUAUUUCCAUUUUCUACAUGCGUUUGGGGUGUUGUCAGCUGUUGCCAUCUCUCUUAAUUCAGUGCCCCUCUCCUGCCUUCGACACUCAUACAUGACUGUUGCAGGUCUUCCCUCUCACAAUCCAUCCACCUCUUUGGUGUACUAAUCUUCCAGAUGUCUUCACAAGGACAGAAAUCAGCAGAGAGAAGGCUCUUGGAUGCAUUGUGACAUCUUUAGUGUUAAGUGAAGCCAGUGCUUAAUUUUAUGAAGUAGCAUCAUUUUGUUACCUUUGCACUGGGAAGAAAGCCUCACUGUUGCGUGUUAGACACUUUCCAUGUGGCUUGCCAACUGUGUUGUCUCUUUCUAUCAGCCUGCUUACUGUCCCUCAGUUUAGAUUGUUUUGAUCAAAGCUCAUUCCUCUAGAGGGAUUAACUGCCUCCAGUGUUUGCUUCAGAAAUUGACACACUCUGUGUGCCCACAGCUUCACAAGGCUUUUCUUUCUGCCUUAUUUGGGCAAACAGUGUUCCAAAACACUGCUUUUUGAGCAUUGUGUUAGUGUUGUCCACAUUGUUUCUUUCAAUCCUGCUGUGCUGCUGCUUGUGAUUCACCCCAACCAAGACUUCAUCAAAGAAGGACCCUGCAUUAAAUGUAACAGAUACCUUCUUGCAGAUCAGUUGGUCUGAAAAGGGACCCAUCUUGAUGUUGAUCUGUGAAGUAACACUGAAGUACUGUAACUCUGAGAAUUAAAGAUAAUUUUUAAAGGGACAAAACGAACUUUGGGUUUUGCAUAAAAAAUGUUUGCCUGCAUACGUAAAAACCAAAGGAUGUUUCAUGCCAUUUUAAGAAUAAAAUUACUUUAAAAAUUGCUUCUGAAGUGGAAGUCUUAACUUACACAGCCAUGUUUACGGCAGUAAUGUUAGUGGGCAUGAAGGAGGUGGUUACGUCAGUUUGGCUUCCAGUCCAAAUUAUGGUGAAUUAGCAUGGGUAAGUAAUUGUGAGUGAAGUUAUGAAGUUUUCAAACUGUUAAAUUAACAGUUUUGGGGGAAAAAAACUUAAUAGGUAGAUUUUUUGCCAAAGUGUUAAUUUACCAGUUUGACAAUUAAAUAAUUUAAACACAACUGUGCAAGUUUAGACUAUUGUGUUAAGAAGCAAUUUUUAAAGUAAUUUUAUUUGUAAAUUGAAGUGAAAUGACCUUUGUUUUUUGCAUGAAAAGCAUUUCCAUGCAUAACGAUCAAUUUCCAUCUGCAUAUGUCAUCAUAUAUUCUGAUGCUUUGAGGAGUGUCCUUCUCAGAGGUUGUUAUAGUGCCUUUGUUUGUCAUGCCUUCCUUCAUAGGAGAAUUGCUACUGAGCACUUAAUCCUCCUGUUUCCAUAUGGCCUUAGAUCACCUGAUUUCCCAAACCUUAAGUCUGUUUCUUCUGUCCGGUCUUGAGCAGGUGUGUCUUCGGCUCAGAGUCUGAUCUAACUUCAGACACACAAGCUUUGGAUGUGGUGCUCAGGCUCCCUCCCCUUACGACAAGCAAGUAAGUUACUUCAGAUCUUGUUUUCUGCUGUUAAGCGUCAGAUGGUUUGGUGUUCUGGUGAUUUUUGGGGUGAUGCAUGAACUUUUUGCUUAUUUUCUUUGUUUUUCUUCUGAUUAGGUGUUCUUUUUUAACAUUCCCUCCCCUUUUAUUUGUGUGUGUGUGUAUGUAUAUAAAUAUGUACAUCUCUGUGUAUUUAUGUUAUAUAUAUGUAUGUGUGUGUGUGUGUGUGUGUGCGUGUAUAUAUAUUUACACACACACACAUACAUAUAAGUAAAAUACGCAGAUAGUAUAUAUACACUGAUGUACAAUUUUUUUUGGGUUAUCUUUCCCACUCUUGAUGCCUCCAAGCAUAGUUCCUCUGUCCCCUUUUUUCCCCAACUGUUGAUCUCUCUCCAUCCCUCCCUUUGUUGAAGUCAAAAUUUUUGGCUGUCCUCCUUUGAUAUUAGAAAUAUCCGAAAAACCUUCAAGCUUCAGAAAGUUUGUAUCCAGUACCAACAGCCAUUUCAGACAUCACAGAGAUGGACAUAUGAUCCUGAAAGUUCCUUCAUUUUAGGCUAGGAGCCAGUCAUUUCAAAUUCAGAGUCCUACCCUUUGGUCUCACUACAACCCCCAGAGUGUUCAAGUGCAUAGCAGUGGUUGCAAGGAUCUGGAUGUUCUCGUCUGGAUGAUUGGCUCAUCUCCGCUUCAUCCAGGGAUCUGCUGUUCCAGGCCAGGGAUUUCUUUCUCCAUCUUUUCUUGAAUCUGUGAAUCAAAGUGAAUACAACAAAGUCCAAGCUUCAGCCUCUUGAGUCCUUAGAAUUCAUUUGGUCUAUCAUACCCACAAAACCUCAGAUUCCAAAGCUUCCUUAGACUUGGAUUUCAAGUCUUCACAGGCUAGCCUUGGCUGUACUAUCUUGUCAGAAGCCACAGGCAAAACUGAUACUAUAUCUCUUGGUCUCCGUGGCAGCUGUGAUUACCCUAGUCCUUGUGGACGGAUACCACAUGAGAGUUCCACAAUUGGACCUUAGUAAUCCAAUGGUUUAUCAGACAACAUUGCAUGUCCUUUUGGGUAUAGUUAAUAAAGAUUGACAGAUCACACAUCAUUGGAGUCUCCAUCUGUAUCUCAAGGAUAUCCAUUUGUUCUUCAUUCACCUCAAGCCAUGGUGACCACAGAUGCUUCUCACCAGGGAUGGAUUGGAGGGUAUUUCUUUGGAAAAACGGUCCAAAGUAAAUGGUUUCUGAUGGAGGCCAAUUUUCAUAUUAACGUCUUGGAGAUGAGAGUGGUUCUCGUAGCAUUGCAGGCAUUUCAGGACUGUCUCAUCAUGGGUGUGAUAUCCAUCCAGACAAACAACAUGUCAGUGGUUUGUUGCAUCAACAAACUGAGGAACCCGAUCUUAUUGCUUGUUUUGAGAGGCCAUGAGGAUAUGGCAGUGGGCAACCUUUUCACACUGCUUUCUGAUAGGACAUGUUCUGGUGGACAGAUUGAGGUCUGUGUUUCUUUCUGAUGAGUGCUCACUCAACUGAGUUGUAGCAGAGUGUAUGUUCAGCCAUUGGUGCUGGUGUUUAUGUGACCUCUUUUCAUCUCUGCACAACACCAAAUUCAGCAAGUUUUUUGCUGUGAUCUCCCAGGAGGGGGGGAGUCAUCAAGGGAUGCUCUGGUCUGCAGGUGGCCCCCUGAACUCCUUUUAUGCCUUCCCUUCUACCCCUCUAAUAACCAAGUUCCUACAGAAAGCAUUGGUGAGGACGGUUAUAAUAAUCUAAAUUGCCCUCUACUGGCUUCAACAAGUGUGGCUUCCCUUCCUAUGGCCUCAUCUAAUGCACUCUUACUGGGUGCUGGGCUAAUCUGCAAACCUAAUAUCUCAUACAUUGGGGGUCAUCUCACCCAGACAUUCAGUCCCUCAAGCUAACUGCUUCUUUUCUCCAGUUCCAAUUAUGGCUUUCAUCCCUAGUCAUUCACAUUUUUACCUCUUGUCAGAAGGCUCUCUACAAGAAAGAUCUUCAAAAGCAAAUGGAAAAGAUUCUCUAUCAGUGCCUCCAGUAAUAAUGUAGACCCAUUUUCAGCCCUCUUUUACCCAUACUGGAUUUUCUUGCAUCUCCGUUUCAGAACAGUGCCACUUACUCCACUAUUAAAAUACAGUUGGCCUACAUGUAAUAGCUGGUUUCUUCUCCUCUGCUUCAUUACCUGGGUUUUUUCUUAAGUUUUCUAGUAUCUUUGGACGUAGUCUACUUUUUUUCUGGAGUUACGGGCAAACUUGAUCUAUAAGUAAGAGAAGGAGCCUGAGCACUGUAUCCAAAGCUUGAGAGUGGCCAAAAUUAGAUCUGUUAUCCAAAAACCCAUCCGUUAAGGAAGGAUGGAAGCAAACAAUACGGAUCUAUCAUUAAAGUGAGUACCUAACUUUCGUAUAACUAGCAUGUACUGUUCCACACUCUUGCUUGCCUUUUACCACAUUAAGUUGAUAUCAUUUGAGUAAUUUGGCUGUUGGCUGAUUAAUGGAAGUGAUUAUAAACCUACCUUCACCCCAUGGAAUUCAUCCUGCAGUUAUUUUCAGUUGAAACUGCUACUGUAACUGUACAUUAUCUCUUGUUUUUUUGCUUUCAUAUUCUUUCUGAUAGUGCUCAUUUCCUACUGAGCCAUUUUUUUUUCACUGCUAUUUAAAAUCUCAUUGUUUAGAGCUAGAAGAAUUUCAGGAUUUAACACUUGCCUCUUUUUGUUUCCUUACUAGAAAAUAUGAUUGGUUUGAUAAAUUCACCUAGUCAAAAACAGAAGUGUUAGCCAUCUCCUUGACAUGGAAAGAUAAAGUGCUUGUUACAGCCCAUGUGACCAGAAUUGGAGUACUAAAUCAGGCUCUUGAUGGAGCUGGUAGGGGAGCAUGAGUGCAUCCCUACUCACAGGGUGGAAGGUGGCUCCCAACUGGUUUACUUACGCUGCAGGUGAAACCAGAGGCUUUUAUUGCAGUAGCAAACCAGUGCAGGAAGGACAUGGGGUGUAGCCACCAAAACCAGAGACUGUAGCAUUUACCACUACAUGCAGAGGAGUGAGGAUGUGUACGGCUAAGGGUGGGAGUAAGUCCCUUCAGCAAAGUAGGUGCUCACAUCACCACCAGGGGUGGGGUAAGACUUAAACACACAUACUCUCAGUUGCUGGAUUGCCAGCAAGGACAGCUUCCACUGGGCAACUCAUGUCUCUGUACUGGACCAAUGCUGUCAUAUGGGGGAGGACUAAAUGGGUGAGCCUGAUCAGGGGAUAGCUUGAUGGUCAACAUGUGUGGGCAAUAAGAACUUAAAAAAGGAGUUGCUUGCACUUUAUCAGUGCUCCUGCCAUGUGCAAGUGAAAUAAUGCUGCACUUUUCCUGUUUGAUUAAAAUACAGUUGCAUGAUUCAUUAACAGAAGUGCCUUGCUUUUCUUGUUUGAAUGCUGGGAUCCUGCAUACAUGUUUCUGCUACUCUGUAACAAGGUCUUAUUUUUGCAGUUGUUAUAUAAAUCUUAAAAUAUCAUAGCUACUGAGAACAGUUUUUACUAUUUUUAGUAUUCCAAGGUGCAAGUGCAUGUAUCUAGCUCAAUUUGCUGAUUCUUACUUAGCCUUUGUGACAAUCUGCACAGCUGCCAUUGACUCCUGUAUAUUUUUAUUAAAUUGGAACACUAAAUUGUUGUAGUGUUAUCUGGAUGAUGAUCACAGUUGCUGAAAGGUGAAUUUAGUAUGGAAUAUGACUGCUUUAUCUUUUGAAUUGUUCAAGAAUAAAAUGUUUGUUUGGAAAGUUUAGAUAGGGCUGAAAGAUUAUAAACAUUGUCUCUGUCUUCACAUUGCUGGUUAAGGGUCAAGUUGCACAGCCAAGUCAGGGGCAGCUUUCCUGCCAAAAUUUUCAGUGAACAGUAAUAUUGUAGGUGUGGGCUGUGAUUGUUCAUAAAAUAUAUGCAGGCACCAUCUAUCCUUUUAGAAUUGUACUAUCAGAAUCUACAGUCAUUGAAGAGCUUAGUAGCACUUUCUGCUUGUUAGUCUAGUCUAAGUGGAAAUCAGGUUCCAGUAGUGGUGGUUGCAGUUUUUUUCAUCUUAUGUACAAUCAUGUAAUACCUUAUAAGUUACAUUUUAGACAGAUGCAGUUGCCAUAAUGUUAGCGGCAUUGCAUUUAGUAGUUAUUUAGGAAAUACAUUUCUGUUUCAUGUUCAUUACUUGAGUUGUUUUUUUUUUUUUUUUGUUUGUUUUGUGCACUUCCAUUUUUAAUGUCACUGAUAAUUUCUUGCAUAGCUGUUACUCUGCCCUUGGGAGAAAUUGUGGUUGUCAUACCAAGUAAUGCUUUAUUUUGUGCUGUGACCUUGUCUAGUAGCAGUUUCUUUUGUCUUUACUUUUAUCUAUCUGUGAGUUUUAAUAGUUUUAUUUCAUUCUCCAUUUCAUAUUUUUAAAGUGAUUGCACUGUUGCUGUUUGUGUUGUGUGCUGAGCUUUUAUGCAGCAAAAAAUUAAAAGAAAUGCAGAAUAUUUCCUAUAGAAAGCCAUUCUCAGUGACUGCAAGUACUAUUGAAGGAUAUGAGACCUAGCCAAGGCAUUAGGUCCCGCAGUAUAGGCACAGCCUUCAAAAGUGUACAGUGGUUCGACUUUGUUUAGUCAGAAUUCCAACUCAGAACAUUUUGAGUAAAAUGUUGAGGCUGGCUUUUUGCUGAGUACAAUUUUUAUCCCUUCAUGGGAUGUAAUAGAUACUUGCAGAAUUAAUGUUAAAAAUGAAGCCUGAUGAUAUGCUUCUGCCUUAUUUCAGACUCAUUUCUAAGUCUUGCCAUUUCUCAACUUAGUAGUUCUGACUUGUGAGAAGUUUGGUAACGUAAUGAUAAUAGUGAUUAUUUAAUUACUGUAGAGAUGUUAGUUUUAGUUCUUUAAAUGUGUGAAUAUUUUUUAUUUGAAAUGUCUGAGGGCAGAACAAUAUUUUAUACAUCUUCUGGAUAUAAUCAUAUUUAACAUGUGAUGUGUAAGUUAAAAUCCUGGCAAAAUGAAAAAUCAGAUACUGUAACAGAUGUGAUGAUUAGUUAUUCUGAGGUUCUUCCCAAAGUGUUUGGUGAGGUUGAAGGGUAUUAUGCUGUAUCUUGAGUGUGUGAAUAAAUUAUUUAAGGUCCACUGAGCAAGCCUAGACCAGGUUUAUAUUGUGGCUGCUAAGUAUGGGAAGGGAUUGUUAGUGAGGAUUUUCUGUUGAUAAGGGCACUAAACUGUAGGAUGCUUUUGCUAAUAAAAGACGUAAGUUGCAUGAGAUGGUCAUUAGAUUUCCUAUUGCUUAUGGUAUGCUGUCAGGUAUAUGUACUAAGGUUUAUCUACCUUAGCUUUAUGUGGUAGGGAAAAGGAUGCUUUACACUGUUAUGAAAAAUGAAAACUUUGCUAAUUAACAGAGCAUGUGUAAAUUUUACACUGUGUGGCUACCUUCUUCAUGAAAUCAAAUGUGGCCUGUAUUAUGGAAAGAAAGCAGGCUUUUUAGGGUAGCCUUACCUUGAAAACAUUCCAUCCAGGGUCAGUACUCUCCUCUCCUUCUCAUAGGGUCUUGAUUCCUCCAGAACAUUCCAAUGUAAACACCAGAAAUCUGCAAGAUUAGAGGACAUAUCUGCCAUUCUAGAUGUUGGCAUAAUGGUUAAGGUGUUUACCUUACAGACACGAGGUACAGGGUUUGAUUCUUACAUGGAGUAAUUGGCUAGACUUAAAAUGGUUCAUAAGGGCAGUUAGCCUAGUACUAAUCUGUGAACCUCUAAAAGUAAACAUCUAAUGACUAGAGAUGCUAUAUUUAAAUGUUGUAUAUUUCCUGCUGUCUUGUCUCACAGGUAUUUUGCUAAUAGAUACCUCACAAUCCAGAAGGAGAGGUCAUCUGGAGGGUCUGUCAGGACAGAAAAUCCUUUGUGAUGGUGACAAAGGUGCACAACAAAUUUAAGAAAAUGUUCACAGCUCCCUUUCAUUAAAAGGCCUUCAGAAAACAUGAGAUCAGGGUGCUUUUAGUGAACAUAGAUAACUGAACAGUUAUGUCGUACUUAAACAGAGGAGCACAAAGUCUUGAAAGAGAUGCGAGCCAUCCAUGACAUUUUGGGGCCUGCCAUUAUCCAUGAAUCUCACUGCAAGCACUCAUUUUCCCAGAACAUAAAAGCUAGUAAAUGCAUUCAUUUAAAACAUUUAUCUAGUUGUUGGGUGUCAGCUUCAUCCUCAAGUCUUUCAAGAUAAGGUCUCUGCCUAGUGAAGGCUGGACAGGGACCCGUUUACAUUGUUGUAGAACGCUUAGUUGUACAAGUUUUGGGUCUUUGUUGUCUUGUCAAGACCCUUGGGAAAUGAACUGCCAGAGCUCUGCCAAAACAACAAAAUAGGAAGUACUCUGUCAGUGCUGGUGGUGGUGUACCAUUCUGGCCAAGACAACUGUACUGCUCCCAACUUAUUGAUGAUCUGGUUUUCUUUAUUUUCCCCUUAUUUCUGAGAUGGUCUUCUCAUUCAGCACCAAGGCAUUGCAACAUCUGUGGUAAAAGGCACACCAUCUAACAACUUGGAUAUUGUAGUUUUCACUGUAAAUAGAAAACUGUUCUUACCUCAGCCUUUGCAUCUCCUAAGAAGCAAGAUGUUCUAUUAGAAAAUUGUCAGAAUAGAAGUGAUUCUGUUAGUAAUGAUGGCAAUUGUCCUGUACCACCUUGUGUACAGCUUAAAUGAACUAGGCCUGCCUUGCUCUACUGUUAUUUAAGGGUAUUUGUUUAUCAGAUGCAUACAUUCGUGUUAACAGUGGAAGUGUCUCAUGAGGGUGUUUGUCAUCAUAGGGUUUAGGUUUAGCAGUGGGAUUUGAAAUUUGAUGUGGAAACUGAAAAUUUUGAGCUAGUAUAUUUAUUUACAUUGAAAUUCCUUUCUUGUAAGAUAACUCUGCUUGCAGUUCUGUUGGUUCUAAAGAGUAAUGGCACUUAAGGAUUGUAUGCGGUGUGAUCCUGUUGUGGCUUUCCAUAAGGAUAGAUUGUCUGUGUGUGAUAGACCUUCCUUUAUUUUAGAGGGCAUUUCAGACAUCAGCUUAAGUUAAAAUAAAAUCAUACUGCCCUAUUUUAACCUACAUCCAAAAAUAUUCUUUACAUGAUAACACUGAGAAGGCCAAAGGUGUCAGUCUGGCUAUCUCUGUUAGAUUUGUAGUUUAUUAACUUAGAUGGCCCAUUGGUAUGGUAGACCUCUACAGGUAGCAAUCACAUCUCAUUUAUUUCUAGAACAUCUUCCUUCUUUACAGGAUUUAUUUCCACAUUUGUCCAUGGUGUUGGAAAAUAUUUGACUAGCCUGAUAUAUAUGAAACAAUGCAGAUGCUGUGGCCAAAGCUAGAAUUGUUCUUAUUGUAGUGUUUGUCCAAGAGGGUCAUUGCUGGAGCAUCCACGUUGCCUCUGGAUGUGCAUCUUCAUAUACCCAGCUAGCACUAUGUAUACAAGAACAUAGUAAUGAAGUACAGUUUUGUGAGGUGCUCAACAUAAAAGUAGCUGAUUGACUGUCCCUGCAGUCUCUUUCCAUCAUCCAUCUCCCUUUUCCCCCCAAGAAUUUGUUCCAUAUGGUAGUCCAGAUGCUAUGUUGCAAAGAGCCUGGUGCAUGUUGAAAGUGUGUUCUCUUAGACAAGUGCCUGCCUGCCAUAGUAGUGUUGCAGAUUAGCAUGUUGUCAGGAAAAAUUGUUUGCUGGUUCAGUUGUGUUUUGUGAAUGGUAAGACCUUUACAGCCUUAUUUUAACCAGUAUUCUGCCACCACUGCAGCUUACACACACUCUGUGACAUUUAAGCCUUUAGCCUCGGCAUGCACCUAAUCAGAUUGAGACAUUGAGAUGACUUUACACCUUACACCAUGCUCUCUUGCUGUGUGCCCAGUAUUGGAAUUCAGUCAAAUAUGUUGAAUGGAUUAUUAGUGUCACAUGCUACCAGUUAGUUGCAAGAGACACCACUGUGUGUAACCGUGUAGCUGAGGAGUUGGUAGAUGUUGCCAUAACAUAACGUUUAAAUUGGAAGUAAUCCUCUUGGGGAGAGUAGAAUGCUAAUGGUGGUGCUUUCAUUUGCUAUAAAGGAAGGAGCUUUCUUGUUCAUGCUUCCGUUUAGUAAACUCACAGGAAUUGGAUUAUGUCUCAGCCAGUCACUGCUCCCAGGCAGUAUGUCAUUACUGCUUAUGGACUUUUUUCUUUUUGGGUAGAGACCAUGAAGUGGGCUUUGUAAACCACCCAGCAUUAUGAAGAUGGGGACACUUAAGUAAUCUGUUGUGGUGAGUACCAUACACAGCUGUCUGUCCUUUAAGCUAUCACUUCAUAAAGCAUUACUGACAUAUUUGUAUAUGACAACCAGAGCCUUUUAGACAUAGCAUAACAGAUUAACACUAACUUGAUAGACAGUAUUCUGUCAUUUAUUAAUUACAGAUUUAGCAGCAGUUUUUUUUUUAGAUAUUUUAACAAAAAGGACAAGAGAAAUGAAACAGAUACUUUAUGCAUUGGGAAGGAGCGUAACAGUUCUGGUCUAAGGAGAUACAGUUGUGACUUUUAUUAGAAUCUGUUUUUGAAUUUCUGAACUUAUUUUUUAUAAUUUGUUUCCAUUUUUAAAAUGUAUAAUGGGAAUUUUUUAACUGUUGUCUGUUCUGUAGCAAAUUGCUGUUAAAAUGUAUAUACUUCAUUAAAGAUAAAGUUUAAAGUGGAGAAAUAAACUUCAGGUUUUACAUAAAAAGUGUACACAUGCAUCCUUGUAUAUGUGAACACUCUUGUGUAAAACUAAAGUUUGUGUCCGAAUGUUUUUGGGCAGAAAAAGAAUUAUUAAAAAAAAAAACUUCAGAACACAGAAGUCUAAACUGCUCCUGCUGUAUUUACAGCAAUAAUACUAAUAUGCUGGCAGAAGGCAUGCAUAUCAAUUUGGGAGCCAUCUAUAAUUCUGCUUGGUUAAAGUGAGUAAAUACCUUUUAAAAAAAUGUAAUUCCCUACCUGUUAAAUUUGCUGAAAACUUUUUUGCUAAACUGUUAAACAGGCUGACAGGUAAUGUAAAAAUCAGAUUUUGUUUGACCACUUUAAACAUUGUCUUUAUAGCCCACAUAAAACUACGUGUGAAAGAAGUACUUUACUUGUUAUGGUCUAACAGGUGUAAUGUGCACUGUCGCACUUAAGUUAGUCACUGUACUGAAGUCUUGCAAAGCUUGGGCUUUAAUCAUGCUGUCAGCUUCUUGUAUAGAAUUCAGGUAUUAUCUGUCUGUUAUGGAGUAAGCCAGAACAAACAGUGUAAUGACACUUUUGCCAUUGUGCUCUUUCUAACAGUAAAGCCACUGAAAAUGCUGGUGACAUGAGUAUAUACCCAGUGUAUCAUCCACAUUUCUUCCCUUUCAACUGAUCUUUACUUUGAGAAAGAAGUUUUGCAUGGAAUUAAAAUGGGAGGACUUUUUUCUUGAUUAUGUAAUAGAACUUCCUUUGAAAUGGCAAGAUAGAAGACCCUUCCCACUUCAAGUGUUCCAUACUUGGCUUUGUCUCGAUGUUUACUUUGCAUGUCAUUUCAUUUUUUUUGAAGAUGGAAAUUGUAUUGUUUGCACAAGUUGCCUUGUGAGUUCUUUGAAAUGCAUCCCAAACAACUUUUGUGAAACUUGUACUGUUUGCCUUACUUGAGGAAAAAGUGUCUUAUUUGUAAAGAGAAUAAAGUUGUAUCACAUUCCAUGCCUAUCCCUUAACUAAAUAAAGUUAUUUCUGUUUUCA